UAUUAUUACCCUAGUAGACCAAAUUACCCUCUCUCUCAUUCAUAUAGUAAAGGCAACACAUGGAACCACCAAACAUACCAUAUUCUCAAAGUGCCUUUCUUUCUUUCUUGCUUUAAGACCAGCUGCAACAAAGUGUGUCAUUUUCCUCUCUUUGAAGACUCCAUAGCUUUUUUCUUUUCCUUUUUACCUCCUCUUGAUCUAUGGAUGCUGCUCAGUGGCCACAGGGGAUUGGGGUGGUGAAACCCUCACCCAUGGAGGGCUCAAGGCCUAAUAAUCUGAGUAGUACUGGAGAGAGGAAGCCAAGGCCACAAAAAGAACAAGCUUUGAACUGUCCAAGGUGCAAUUCUACUAAUACCAAGUUUUGUUACUACAACAAUUACAGUCUGACACAGCCAAGAUACUUUUGCAAGACUUGUAGAAGGUACUGGACUGAGGGUGGAUCUCUUAGGAAUGUUCCUGUGGGAGGAGGUUCAAGGAAGAACAAGAGAUCCUCAACUACUUCCUCAUCAUCACCAUCUUCAUCAUCAAAGAAGCUUCCUGAACUUCAUCAUCAUCUGAACCCUAAUUUCUCUCAGUCUGCUUCUCAAAACCCUAAAAUCCAUGAAGGCCAAGACCUCAACCUAGCUUACCCACCCACUAGUGGUGAUUACAAUAACAUCUCUGGUUUUGUUGAGUUGCCCUACAAUAAUGGCAAUAAGACCACCCACCAUCAAAACCCUAACUCUUCUACUACUUCAUCUCAUCAUCUAUCAGCCAUGGAACUUCUCAAAAGCACUGGAAUUACUUCAAGGGGGCUGAGUUCUUUUGUUCCGAUGCCAGUCGGCGCCGAUGCCAACACAAUCUACUCAUCUGGAUUUCCUAUGCCAGAAUUCAAACCAACCCUUAAUUUUUCUCUGGAUGGGUUUGAGAGUGGGUAUGGAAGUCUUCAACCCGGGGUUCAAGACACUACUACAAGUUCAAGGCUGUUUUUUCCAUUUGAGGACUUGAAGCAGGUUUCAAACACAAGUGAAUUUGACCAGAACAGAGGUCAGGGAGGGUCUACUGGUUACUGGAAUGGUAUGUUAGGUGGAGGAUCAUGGUAAGUAAUCAUAAAAGGAAAAAAAAAAAAAAGUGAUGAUGAAGAAACAAGGAGAGUUUGGCAUUUAUGAUCCUUCUUUUUCUUUCAGAUGAUGGGUGACUUGUUUGAAGUUUGAUUUGAACUAACAGAUAGGGUACAUCAGCACAUGAGUUCCUUUUUCUCUUUCAUUUUUUAGGCUUUUCCUACUCUUUACCUUCUUUUCUUUUUUUUUUUUUUUGCUUGGCUUUCUUUUCCCUUUUAUCAAUGUGAAUGUUUUAAGCUUAUUUUAGGCUGGAUCAAAGUGUCACGCAUGUGGGAUAUUGUCCCAAAAAAAAAAAAAAAAAAAAAAAAACCCUAAUCUUGUUUCUUCAGGGCUUCAUGUAGCAGAAUAGCAAACUGACCUUUCUUGGCCCAAUGGUCUAUUGGUUCAUAUGUUUCUUUUAUAACAGCACCCUGACCCUAAGGUCUGUUUUAAUGUUAUGUUGCUGAAACUAAUUAUGUUCCAGAUUUGAGGUGGCAAGAGUUAGUGAUAUAUAUGUUGAAUGUUUGUAACUAAUUAGACUUAUUAACAUUGUAAUUUAUUUCAAUUUUAGAA